AUGGGAGCAGCACCCUGGAAGCCAUGGCCCGGCAAGGACAGACCUAGUAGCAUGAGGGAAUGGGAAAUGCAAGCGAGUCAUUUAUUAAUACAGUUGGGUUCCGCUUUGGAAGCCCGGAAUUUGAGAUGCGGGCUCGCGUGGAUUAGCAGGAAUMAAGCGCACGGCCGGACUGGGCGCGCAACGCGGCAACGCAGCACUGGGGGCUCCAGCACGCGCCUUUACCCGGAGAACCGCCGCAGGAAAACGCCUCUCCUGGAGCCGGGGGAGCCCAACAGCGCGGCGGCCGCUGCCAGCGACGUCACAGGAAGCGCCCGUUUKGGGAAGGAGAUAAAACCUUGUUGCUUUUUGGUAUGUAAGCAGACGGAAGGGUUGCACCAUGGAAUAAAGUUCCAUUUUUUACCAAUCUUUUCAGAUACUGUUAAUGGGACUGUGACCUUUCUACCUUUGGAGGAGACCGCUGAAGGAAACUAUCAGAUAAGAAAGUACAAUGUGUAUCAAAUUCAACUGACACAUAUAAAAGAUGAAGAAUGGUCUAUAUCUAUCGCAGUGUCAUCGACAGAACAUUGGUUUUCAGAUGGAGUUGCCUACCCCAAAUUAACAUGGCUUGGAAAUGAGCUGCUACCCAAACUGGCUAAAUGGUCUGUGGAGAAAAAGCACAGUGAGUUUAAAAGCACGCUCUCACUCAUUCCUGUGGCAAAAUACAGCCAGGUUUAUCAAGAACUUAAAGAAAAAUAUAAAGAGAUGGUAAAGGUGUGGCCAGAAGUAACAGAUCCUGAGAAAUUUGUAUAUGAAGAUGUUGCCAUUGCUGCUUAUCUACUGGUUCUGUGGGAAGAAGAGAGAAAGGAAAAGAGGUUAUCCAAGAAACAGUCAUUUGUAGAUCUCGGCUGUGGAAAUGGUCUGCUGGUUCACAUUCUGAGCAGUGAAGGGCAUUCAGGUAGAGGCAUUGAUGUGAGGAGAAGAAAAAUAUGGGACAUGUAUGGACCGGAAACUCAUUUAGAGGAAUGUACAAUCAUGCCAGGUGACAGCCAUCUCUUUCCAGAUGCUGACUGGUUAAUAGGAAACCAUUCAGAUGAAUUAACACCAUGGAUACCUGUAAUUGCAGCUAGGUCUUCGUAUUCUUGCUGCUACUUURUGCUCCCAUGUUGCUUCUUUGAUUUCCAUGGAAAGUAUAGCCGAAGACAAAGCAAGAAGACUCAGUACAGAGAAUACCUAGAUUUUGUUUCCCAAGUGGGACUUGUAUGCGGCUUUCAUGUAGAAGAAGAUUGCCUUAGAAUUCCUUCAACUAAAAGGGUGUGCCUUAUAGGGAAAAAUAGGACCUAUUCACCUGUGCAACAUGCUGUGAUUGACAAGCAGAUAACCCAGUAUAUUCAUAAUCGUCAGCCUUGUGCUCUGGACUCACGUGAUAGAAGAACUGGGUUUAAUCAUAACGAUGGCUCUGACAAUGUGUGCAAGGAAGCGGGCACUGAAUCUCCUGGAGAUGAGGCUGAGACUACUGGUAGAGUUUGGAUGCCCGGAUUUCAGCCCCGGGAAAAAGAAGAACAAGUCAGGAAUUGCGCUACUCUCCCACGGGAUUUUGUAGAUGAUGUGGUUCUGAGAGUGGCAAACUUGCUGUUAAAUGCAACCCAAGAAAAAUCAUGCGGUAGUACGGACAGUGUGAGUACCAACAGCUGGAAUCAAGGAGAAAGCCUUUCCUUGAAAGAAGUGGCAGAGCACUUAAAUAAAGAGACUUUGAAAAGGCUGAAGAGUGAGUAUGGAGGCCUGCAGACCCUACUCAAGAAUAGUCAUCAAGUAUUUGAAGUUCUAAAUGGGAGAGUUCACAUUCGUGACUGGAGAAAAGAGAAACCAGCAAGGAAAAACAUGCCCGAAGUAAAAAGACGCCUCUCAGCCRAAGCAUUUAAAACACGUCUCUGUUGGUUUUUCCUUCACCAUCCUGAUGGGUGUUCUUUGCCAUCCGAAUCUUGCCCUUAUGCUCAUGGGACUGAGGAGCUAAGACAGUCUCAGAUUAUUAAAAAGAAAAAACAUAUACAAUAAUAAAAUGCUGCACUUUAUUUUUAAACAUGUGUACGUGGAUGGAUUUGUGAUUGAUUAGGACUGCCUAGUGCAUGAACACUUGCAGAUAAGGUUUUUAUUUGAUUCAUAUGUAUUUUGUUUUCCAAUUUCUUUAUAAAUUCUGCUGUAUUUUUAUUGAUUUAUUUUAGUAUUAAUUAAGAGUGUGGGAAAGUAUAUACUUCGAGAUUUUUGACUUUUUAAAAACAUGGCUUCCCACAUGCGUUUGCAAUAUACUUUGAAUAACUAGAAUAGUAAAAAU